AUGUUUGCAUCGGCAACCUCUGGAGACAAGGUGAACAAUGCGAAGUUCUCACCAUGUUCCGUGGCCAAUAUCUCGAGCGUUCUGCAUGUAGUACUACAAUCCGUACCCAUUGAUCCCACUCGUCAUGCUGGACCUGUUGGAGCGUUGAUGAAACGGAAUUGCUUCCAAGAGAGAACAUCAGCGUUCUGUGGAAAUCAAAUCCAUGAACCUGGCGAAGAAUGUGAUUGUGGAUUCUCUCAAGCAGACUGUGACCAAAUGGGCGAUAAAUGCUGCACGCCUCACGAAUCAGCGCGGAACGGUUUCAGUCUGAGUGGAGGGCCGUGUAAACGAAAGACCGGAGCUAAAUGUUCCCCGUCUGAGGGCUACUGCUGCAAUUCCGAGACUUGUUCCCUGCAUCAAGAGUUUGACUACAAAAUUUGCCGGCAUGAAUCAGAAUGUAGUGAAACACAAUGGUGUAAUGGACUAAGUGCUCAGUGCCCCCCGUCCCCACCAAAACAGGACGGGUUGCCUUGCCAGGACAGUACUAAGGUUUGCUCACACGGUAGCUGUAAUGGAUCGAUAUGUGAAUAUGUUGGACUGAAGGACUGUUUCCUCACAGAAGGGAGACCUGAAGAGUUGUGCUUCCUAGCUUGUAUCAAGGAUGGAAAAUGCACUUCAAGCGUGAACCUGCCAGAAUUUGCCUCCAAUAGAACAAUAUUUACUGAGUUUGUUCAGCAAGGCAGGAAAGGAAAGAGUGGUCUUGUGUUACACCCAGGAUCACCCUGUAAUAACUAUAAAGGUUAUUGUGAUAUUUUCCGUAAAUGCCGUAGUGUCGAUGCGAAUGGCCCCCUUGCUCGAUUAAAGAACUUGCUGUUCAAUAAGAAGACCAUAGAGACAGUAACACAAUGGGUACAGGAAAAAUGGUGGGUGGUCGUUUUUGGCGCGUUAAUUAUUCUCGUCCUGAUGGCGUUGUUCAUCAAAUGUUGUGCUGUUCAUACACCGAGUACAAAUCCAAACAAACCACCGGCACUGAAUCUUUAUCAGACUCUAACGAGGCCAUCUACUCUGAUUCGUCAACGUCGGCACAGAAGCCGGGCAGCGCUACCAGGAGCCACGUCCAGCAGUGCAGCCCCACGGUCGAGUGCUCCAAGUGCGCAGCAACCUUCAUCAUCAAGUCGUCCGCGUGCUUCCGCACCACCUCUUCCGCAAGCACCUCCUGCACCGGUGAUCCCAUCCGGUUCAGCUCCACCAGUGUCUACGGUGCUGGUGGUAGAACCACCUCCUCCAUACACAGCUGCUGCCGAUCCAGGUAGCGCUUUGGGAGGGCCAAGAAGAGGUCAUCGGCGGAACAAACGGCAAGCGAGUUCCGAUGCGGCACCAAAAGCAUCGAAAUCGAGGGGAGCAAAAACAAAAGGAACAAAAGGGAAGUGA